UCCACGCAAGGAGUGAGGAGUACGUGCGUGCAAGACACGUGCCGAGCGAAGCGUGUGAGGAAAAUGGCACAUAUGAAGGGAUCAAAAGAGGAGAUAAAUAAUAUGCUUAGGGAAUAGAGAAAGGGCGUAAUGCCACGUGUUACGCUACCUGGCAAUCAGGCAUCGCAUCUUGGAUUUGGAGCCACGCGACGCCAGACCCAACAAACCCACCCUCCAUUGCUUCCAUUUCCUCUUCUCUCAUCACCACCACCACCACCACCACCACCACCACCGCUUCGAUCACCACCACCGUCUACGACGUCGUUUUCUUCUCCUUCUUCUACCUCUGUUACCUACUCAGAUUCACGCGACUUUCUGAUCGAUAUCUUACGCGAACUAACCCUAAGGCUGUGGAUUCUGUCCGGAUCGAAGAUAGAGAGGGUCUCUCUCCUCUCUGAUUAUUCAUUUCCCAAUAUCCAGGGUCUGAAUGAUACUCAUGUGUAACAACGGUAUUGCUGACAACUCAAUUGAUCAGCAACACCAUCACCAGUCUGGCUACUUGAUGGACAGUUUUUCUAGUACCACAAACUCAGUUUCUAAUUCUCCACCUGGUUUGAGCUCCGGUUCCAACGAUGAAACCCCUCGUGUUAAGUUCCUUUGCAGUUUUUUGGGAAGUAUAUUGCCUCGUCCGCAAGAUGGGAAGCUGCGGUAUGUUGGGGGAGAGACGAGAAUCGUUAGCGUGCCGAGAGAUAUAUGUUUUGAUGAGUUGAUGAACAGGAUGAGGGAGCUUUAUGAUGGGGCGGCGGUGUUGAAGUACCAACAACCUGAUGAAGAUCUUGAUGCCCUUGUGUCAGUAGUGAAUGAUGAUGAUGUUACUAACAUGAUGGAGGAGUAUGAUAAGUUGGGUUCUGGGGAUGGUUUCACUAGGCUCAGGAUUUUUCUCUUCGGGCUUCCCGACCAAGAUGCUUCGUCUCUCUAUGAUGGGGAUGAGAGGGAUACUGAGAGGAGGUAUGUAGAUGCCUUGAACAAUUUAAGUGAUGGUUCUGAUUUUAGGAGGCAACUGCAGCCUGAUUCGCCGGUGAUGAGUCCUGUCGAUGAUAUACAUGUAGCUGAACAGUACUUUAAUUCAAUGAGUUUUGAAGGAAGCGUGCAUAACCAGAGGAAUUAUGAAAUGGCAAUGCCGCAGUAUAAUUUGCAUGGCCUUAAAAUUCCUCAUAUGGGAUCAGGACAACACCAUCAGCCCAUGAGCCAGAGGUACAGCGAAAUGGAAGCCCCUUGGAGUCCGGCGUACUAUUCUCCGAGGCAUCAUGGACAUGAUCCAAGACAAAUGUCAGAUUUUCCUUCUUCUCCCACUUCUGCACGUUUCCAUUUACCGUUUUCAGAGUUAUCUGAUAAAUGCUCAGAUAGAUUGCCAGAUGAAUAUCGGCAACAACUGAAUCAGCAACCUGCAUAUGAGCACCAUCCUCAAUAUUCUGAGAGUAUUGGAUGGCUUCCUAGUGGAGCUCCCUCGGGUGAAAAGUCAGCUUUUCCUGGUAAUAUUUUGAAUGGACCAAAUGUUACUGAAGGAAGUAGUAUUUGUGAGCAUUGCCGUAUGAGUUUCCAAAGAAAUUUUGAUCAUCCUAACAUGGCAAACGGACUCCACUCUGUUUCUAAUCCAUGUGCUGAGUGUCCACCGAACAGGGAGGCUUUCAUGAUGAAUGCAGAUGCAAAGUUGCCACAUGGAAUUUACACAGGCGAACAUAAUAAUGACCACCGAUCUUUAUACAAUGAAACUCAAAAUCAUGAUAGGGCAUGGAUGCUGCAACAAAAUUUGAAUGCCCGAGCUGAGGAAGCAAGAGCACAUGUUUCUGGACCUGUAAGAAUGAAUGAUCAUUAUGCUGUAGAUGGUGGCAUGAAUUUUCCUCUUGGUCACAGUAAUAUGGUAGAUGGUCGUCAUGCGUCUUCAAAUUAUAUUCAUCACCGAGGAGGUAAUGAAAUGGGAAUUGAAGCUUUUCAUGACCAACCUGUGGCUGGUACAUCUCACAUGCAUGUUCCUCCUCCCGAAGAAAAUGGAGUUCGAUAUGGAAAUAUUCCUAUACCAUUUGCAGGAGAUAAUAUUCAUCCAACUCAUGGACAUGUACCUGGACUUCCAGUUUGGAGAAAUUUGCAGAACCCAGCGCCUGUUGCUCAAACUUAUGAAGCAUGCAAUUCAAUGCCGCAAGUAAAUGGUAAAGUUAAUGCAGGACUUCCAAGGGGUCAAUGGGAAGGUAGUCCAAGGAUCUGUUUAGGGGUGGAUAAUCAGAAUCCUUGGGUUGACUCCUCAAAGUAUCAGGCUUCCGAUGGUAAAGCUGUCCCUGAUUAUGCCCUUGGUCAGGCUUCGAGAUUAAGUUCUAGCGCACUUUGUCAGGAAAACCAACAAGCUAUUUCCUUAGAUCAUGUACGAACCAUACCUGAUAUGAUCAACUUAUCUAGUCCAACAGAACCUGAUAUAGCACCCCUGAUAUCAGAUGGGAAAGGUGUGGCUGAAGAACAAAAAGAAGAAACUCAUGUAGAAAAGGUUGAAAACUCUGAUGUGCACGACUCUUUAAAUUCAGAGGCAGUUAAAGUUGGUGACAAUAAUUGUGUGAGUGUGCAUCUUGAAAUAGCAUGUUCACUUAGCUCAAAGCCUGCAGACGAGAGUGGUAUUGUUGUCAAACAAGGGGAGAAUGAUUUACAGCUUUCAGUUGACAAGCUGAGUUUCUUACCUGAGUUGAUUGCAUCUGCGAAGAAAGCAGCAUUAGAAGGGAUCAUGGAUGUGAAAGCGCAAGUUGAAGAAAAUUCAGAUCUUGAAAAGAAUGACUUGAUAGCUGAAGAAGUAAAUUCUAAUGAAUUAGAUUCAGCGAAUGCUCACGCGGAUUUAGAGUUGGAUUCUGAUAACGAUAAUAUAGACACCUCUAGAAUUGAGCCUACAAAAGCUGAGGAAGAAGCUAUUGCAAAAGGAUUGCAGACUAUAAAGAAUGAUGAUCUGGAAGAGAUCCGUGAGUUAGGCUCUGGAACAUAUGGGGCGGUUUAUCAUGGGAAGUGGAGGGGUUCUGAUGUAGCAAUAAAGAGAAUAAAAGCCAGCUGUUUUGCUGGGAGACCAUCUGAAAGGGAGCGAUUGAUUGCUGAUUUCUGGAAGGAGGCUUUGAUAUUGAGUUCACUACAUCAUCCAAAUGUAGUUUCUUUUUAUGGAAUCGUUCGUGAUGGUCCUGAUGGUUCUUUGGCAACAUUAACAGAGUUUAUGGUUAAUGGGUCUCUGAAACAGUUUUUGCAGAAAAAGGACAGAACAAUUGACCGACGUAAGAGACUCAUCAUAGCUAUGGAUGCUGCAUUUGGGAUGGAGUAUUUGCAUGGGAAGAAUAUUGUGCAUUUUGAUUUGAAAUGUGAAAAUCUCUUGGUAAAUAUGCGAGAUCCUCAGCGUCCUGUCUGCAAGAUUGGAGACUUGGGCUUGUCAAAGGUAAAACAGCAUACCUUAGUCUCUGGAGGUGUUCGUGGAACUUUACCCUGGAUGGCUCCUGAGCUUCUUAGUGGGAAAAGUAACAUGGUUACGGAGAAGAUUGAUGUUUACUCAUUUGGCAUUGUGAUGUGGGAAUUGCUUACUGGUGAGGAACCCUAUGCAGACUUGCAUUGUGCAUCAAUAAUUGGAGGAAUUGUGAACAACUCAUUACGUCCGCAGAUUCCAUCAUGGUGCGAUCCUGAAUGGAGGGCUUUGAUGGAGAGUUGUUGGUCCUCUGAUCCAGCACAGAGACCGUCGUUUUCAGAAAUCUCGCAGAAGCUGAGGAACAUGGCUGCUGCAAUGAAUUUGAAAUAGUUUUCAAUCUUAAUGCGGUCUCCUUACUAUUCCCCCCAUUGGUCACCAAUACUUUUUCCCAAGAGCGAAAUAAUGAGAAGCAUAGACGUCUCUCAACUUAAAGCCACCACUGUUUCUAUGUAUAUGGAAGGCUCUAAUAAUACAUAUUAUUCCUUGGUUUAUCACCAUCAAAAUCUUUUGUAUUAGUAAAAAAAAAAUGGUGACUUUCUUUAUUGAGUGCCCCUAUUAUAUGCACUCACUACCAGAAAUUACCUGGAAGACGAAAACAAACCAGUGACGACUAUGAACUCGAUCAGAAUGUCUGAUAUUUUGGAGAGGACCAGGGUGACUACUACUGAUAUAUGGUGAUACUAUAACACUUUUGAAGCGAGAACCGAGUUCUUUUGAUUUGUACAUAAAUAAAUGGCAAUUCCUGUGUUUGAUGCUCUAUAUUGAUUGAGAUAUAUUUAUAGAUAGAGAUGCAUUGUGCUUCUGAAUUGAGUCGAAGUUAUUGUAUGUUCUGUUAUGGGAUUUUCUCUAUUUUAUGUUAAAUUCCACUCCAUGGGGUUAUCCUAAUACACAAGUGUGUUGGUUAUAUGUAUUUUUGGCUCCUAGAGUUGUAGAAACUAUAUUUUUGUUAUUAUAAUUAUUGAUUGUAAGAAAUCCCAACAUUAUGUUCUGGUGAUUUGUGGAGCAUCCGAUAUCAGUGAUCCUCGAAGCAUUGUGGUGAAGCUUCAAAAAAUUUAAUUCAUUUUUUAAAUUCUA